GAUGAAAGACAGAAUGCAAGCUCUCACUUCCCCUUUCUGCACAGUGCAGACGUAGGUGGCACAGAGCAGUCCUCGCUGGUGAGCUUGAAGCAAACAUGGACCAAGAAACCCUGGGCAAUAUUGUCCUGUUGGUCAUUGUCACCCUCAUUAGCGUGGUCCAGAACGGAUUCUUCGCCCACAAAGUGGAGCACGAAAGCAGGACCCACACUGGGCGGAGCUUCCAGAGGACAGGGACACUUGCCUUUGAGCGAGUCUAUACUGCCAACCAAAACUGUGUCGAUGCGUACCCCACUUUCCUUGUCGUGCUCUGGAGUGCGGGGCUACUGUGCAGCCAAGUUCCUGCCGCCUUUGCUGGGCUGAUGUACCUGUUCGUGAGGCAAAAGUACUUCGUCGGCUACCUAGGAGAAAGAACUCAGAGCACACCUGGCUACAUAUUUGGGAAGCGUAUCAUACUGUUCCUGUUUCUCAUGUCCCUUGCUGGCAUAUUCAACUAUUACCUCAUCCUAUUUUUCGGAAGUGACUUUGAAAACUACAUAAAGACGAUCACCACCACCAUCUCCCCUCUGCUUCUCAUUCCCUAACUCUCCGCUGAAUACAGGGUUGGUGCUCUCAUCUGAUCAAUACCUAGAAGUCAUCAUAACUCAGCCCUUGAGAGAUGCAGCCCUCUUAGACAGGAAAUAAAUCUAAUGACCAUCUGGGCUUCACAGCUUGAGUUCACCUUGCUUUUCCUGGAAGAAAAUAAUCCUGCAUCAGCUCCACCCCUGGAAAAUGUCAGUAUUCCAGGAUUUGUUACCCAGACCCACUCUCUAUGUUCCUUGACUUAUCCUGCUUUCUGAAGAUGUUUUGGGACCGGAUUUGUGUUUUCCUAAAAUAAAAUGUAGAGACAUG